AUGCAUCGAUAUAUCCUCUCCCAAUUAUCACCACCGUCUCCGCCGCCGGAUCAACCAUUAUGGAUACCUAACCACAAUCACGUUACCCAAUUUGACAUUCUAAUACUUAUUUGUGUUCUGAUUUAUUUCAUCGCUAUUACAAUAUUUUGCUUAUGGACUCUUCGCUUGUCUAAUACUCACUACUUAUACGAUGACGAGGACGAUGACGAACCAGAAUAUGUUCAUCUCGACAUUGAAAACGUUCAUCGCGACGCUCGAAUCAACGCUCGAAUCGACGCUCAAAUCGACGCUGCAGAACGUCGAAACACGGAAGAACGGCGAUCGAGAAGGACCAUUGAAAUUUUAAAGUUAUUCAAGAAAGUUGUUUACAGCAAGAACAAGGUUGAUGAUGGUGAUGACGAGUGCCCUAUUUGCUUAGAGAAAUUCGAAGAUGAAAACAAGUGUGUGGUGCUUCCUUGCAGUCACAUGUUUCAUGAACUGUGCCUGCAAAAUUGGCUAAAUAAGAAUAUUUCAUGCCCUAUUUGUCGAGCUGAUGCUUGGAAGUUUGGCUUUGAAAAUCAAGUUUAA